CGAGUUGCAUUUUAGGACACAAUGAGCUGUAAUACGUGUGAAACUUGUGGAAAGCAAUUCGGAAAACCUACCUUCUUGCGCCGGCACCAAGUUGUGCAUACCAAAGAGAAGUCAUACGCUUGCGACACCUGCUCUCUCUGCUUUUCCCAGCAGAGCUCCCUACAGCGUCACAAACACAUAAAGCAUGCAAAACGCGAAGCUAAUGAAGAUACCGACAUGGUCGCCCAUCAAGCCAUGAGUGCUCUUCUAGACCUGCAGAGUGGAAUGGAAUUAGCUAGACCACAAAACAUCCCUGUGCAAUGUGGCAGCCUGCAGACCACUACGGAAGAGCAGCCACAGUGCAGCAUUGUAGAAGUUCUGGAUAAAUUGUAUCCUACAGGGCAGGUAACAGCCUUAACCGUUCAAAGAAUACAGCGAACCCCGAAUAGAUGCUAUUAUGUCUGCGAGUUUUGCGCCAAAGAGUUUUUCAAGUCUUACGAUCUAAUCAGGCAUCGACGCUCGCACACCAAGGAAAAGCCCUAUCCAUGUCUCACAUGCCUAAGACGCUUCUCCACCAAAGCCAAGUUAAAUGAGCAUCGAAAGCGAAUGCAUAGUAAAUCGAGUAAUUGCCAGUUGAAUAAGAAGCAGCAGAAAAGUACUUCCAGUAGAAGCUACAAAUGCGUUUACUGUGUUAAAAUCUAUAAAGGAAAGUUCGACUGCCGCCGUCAUAUGUUGACGCAUUUAAGCCGCUCUUCAAAGCCAGACAGCCCGCCCAGUGGGAAAAAGACUUCACUGAAGAACUGCCUUGAGUGUGGAAAAUCCUUUAGGAAUACACACGAUCUAUCCAGACAUUUACUAACACACACUAAUAUAAAACCCCACGAGUGCCACCACUGCCAAAAGACCUUUAAACUUAAAUCGACGCUCGCUAGGCACUUGGCAACACAUCUCAACUCUGCUCAGCGACUUUCGGUUAACUGCCAAGUUUGUGGCAAGUUGUAUGGCUCUAAGACAGCUCUACAGAUACACCUGCGUCUUCACACCGGCGAGCGCCCGUUCAAGUGCGAGAUCUGUCAGCAAACAUUUCGAACUUCGGGCCACAAAAUCGAACACAUGCGAGCCGAGCGACAUCGCGCAAUCCCUCCAUCAUCACUCAUAUAAUAAAUACCGAUUGCAAAAGUAUAUUUCAACUUUAUCAAUACUAUGUACAUCACAACAUUAUGUAUUAAAGCCCGGCGAAGUUCCGUAAUGGAAGUGCUUGUCGAA